CCUCCACAGCUGGUGGCCCCGCCCCGCGGCAUGACCGGAAGUGCGCGGGGCCCCCCAAGAUGGCGCCCGAAACCCGGAAGUGAGCGGCGUCCGCUGCGAGGCUCGGAGAAACUGAGGCGCUGCGGGCUCCGCGCCCGGCCAGACCCGGGCCCGAGAUCAUGAUACCGCCGCCGCCGCCGCCACCACGGAGCGAGAAGCCCAGAUAGACACCCCAGCGGCCCCGGGUCCCGGAGUCCUGCUGCCUGCCGCCCGGCCGAGGACCCCACCCCGCCUGCCGCCCGAUGCUUGCAGUGGGGCCCGCCAUGGACAGGGAUUACCCGCAGCAUGAACCCCCGUCGGCAGGCAGCCUCCUGUACAGCCCGCCGCCCCUGCAGAGCGCCAUGCUGCACUGCCCCUACUGGAACACCUUCUCACUGCCGCCAUACCCUGCCUUCUCCAGUGACAGCCGCCCGUUCAUGAGCUCCGCCUCCUUCCUCGGCAGCCAGCCCUGCCCAGACACCAGCUAUGCCCCCGUGGCCACCGCCUCCAGCUUGCCACCAAAGACCUGCGACUUUGCUCAGGAUUCCUCGUAUUUUGAGGACUUCUCCAACAUCUCCAUCUUCUCCUCGUCUGUGGACUCCCUGUCGGACAUCGUGGACACGCCCGACUUCCUGCCGGCCGACAGCCUCAACCAGGUGUCCACCAUCUGGGAUGAGAACCCUGCCCCCUCCACCCACGACAAGCUGUUCCAGCUCAGCAGACCAUUUGCAGGCUUCGAGGACUUUCUGCCCUCCCACAGCACCCCACUUCUUGUCAGCUACCAGGAGCAGAGUGUGCAGAGCCAGCCAGAGGAGGAGGACGAGGCUGAGGAGGAGGAGGCGGAGGAGCUGGGGCACACGGAGACCUACGCUGACUACGUGCCGUCCAAGUCCAAGAUUGGGAAGCAGCACCCAGACCGCGUGGUGGAGACCAGCACACUGUCCAGCGUCCCACCCCCAGACAUCACCUACACCCUGGCCCUGCCCUCGGACAGUGGGGCCCUGUCUGCCCUGCAGUUAGAGGCCAUCACCUACGCCUGCCAGCAACACGAGGUCCUGCUCCCCAGUGGGCAGCGUGCGGGCUUUCUCAUCGGCGACGGGGCCGGCGUGGGCAAAGGCCGGACAGUGGCUGGAGUCAUCCUGGAGAACCAUCUGCGUGGCCGGAAGAAGGCAUUGUGGUUCAGCGUCUCCAACGACCUCAAAUACGACGCAGAGCGCGACCUGCGGGACAUCGAAGCCACGGGCAUUGCGGUGCACGCGCUCAGCAAGAUCAAGUACGGCGACACCACUACCUCAGAGGGCGUCCUCUUCGCCACCUACUCCGCCCUGAUUGGGGAGAGCCAGGCCGGUGGCCAGCACCGCACUCGCCUUCGGCAGAUCCUGGACUGGUGUGGGGAGGCCUUCGAGGGCGUCAUCGUGUUCGACGAGUGUCACAAGGCCAAGAACGCCGGCUCCACCAAGAUGGGCAAGGCCGUGCUGGGCCUGCAGAACAAGCUGCCCCUGGCCCGCGUGGUCUAUGCCAGCGCCACAGGUGCUUCUGAGCCUCGGAAUAUGAUCUACAUGAGCCGCUUAGGUAUCUGGGGCGAGGGCACCCCCUUCCGGAACUUUGAGGAGUUCCUGCACGCCAUCGAGAAGAGGGGCGUGGGCGCUAUGGAGAUCGUGGCCAUGGACAUGAAGGUCAGCGGCAUGUACAUCGCACGCCAGCUCAGCUUCUCCGGCGUCACCUUCCGCAUCGAGGAGAUCCCGCUGGCCCCAGCCUUCGAGCGUGUGUACAACCGCGCGGCCCUGCUGUGGGCCGAGGCCCUGAACGUGUUCCAGCAGGCGGCCGACUGGAUCGGCCUGGAGUCGCGCAAGUCCCUGUGGGGCCAGUUCUGGUCGGCGCACCAGCGCUUCUUCAAGUAUCUGUGCAUCGCCGCCAAGGUGCGCCGGCUGGUGGAGCUGGCCCGAGAGGAGCUGGCGCGAGACAAGUGUGUGGUCAUCGGGCUGCAGUCCACAGGCGAGGCACGCACGCGGGAGGUGCUGGGGGAGAAUGACGGGCACCUCGACUGCUUUGUCUCGGCCGCUGAAGGCGUGUUCCUGUCGCUCAUUCAGAAGCACUUUCCAUCCACCAAGAGAAAGCGGGACAGAGGAGUGGGCAGCAAGCGGAAACGGCGACCUCGGGGACGCGGGGCCAAAGCCCCCCGGCUGGCGUGCGAGGCGGCAGGCAUCAUCCGCAUCAGCGAUGACAGCAGCACAGAGUCAGACCCCGGCCUGGACAGCGACUUCAACUCCUCCCCCGAGUCCCUGAUGGAUGACGAUGUGGUCAUCGUUGAUGCCAUCGGGCUCCCCAGUGAUGACCGGGGUGAGGGCUCGCCUGACUGGCCAGGCACCUGUGGGUCAGGAUUCCAGUGCGAGGCUCCCCCGGCCUCCUGGCGGUCACCACCUACCCCAGGACCCCUGUGCCUCCCUCAGAGAGACCCGCAUGGCCCCGGGGUCCUGGAGCGGGUGGAGCGACUGAAGCAGGAUCUGCUGGAUAAAGUACGGCGGCUGGGCCGGGAGCUGCCAGUCAACACCCUGGACGAGCUCAUCGACCAGCUUGGCGGCCCCCAGCGGGUGGCGGAGAUGACCGGCAGGAAAGGCCGCGUGGUGUCCAGGCCCGACGGGACGGUGGCCUUCGAGUCGCGGGCAGAGCAGGGUCUGUCCAUCGACCACGUGAACCUCAGGGAGAAGCAGCGCUUCAUGAGUGGCGAGAAGCUCGUGGCCAUCAUCUCGGAGGCCUCCAGCUCGGGUGUCUCCCUCCAAGCUGACCGCCGCGUCCAGAACCAGCGGCGCCGUGUGCACAUGACCUUGGAGCUGCCCUGGAGCGCCGACCGCGCCAUCCAGCAGUUCGGCCGCACCCACCGGUCCAACCAGGUCUCUGCGCCAGAGUACGUCUUCCUCAUCUCGGAGCUGGCCGGGGAGCGCCGGUUCGCCUCCAUUGUGGCCAAGCGCCUGGAGAGUCUGGGGGCCCUGACCCAUGGAGACCGCCGUGCCACGGAGUCCCGUGACCUCAGCAAGUACAACUUUGAGAACAAGUAUGGCACCCGGGCCCUGCACUGUGUCCUUACCACCAUCCUGAGCCAGACUGAGAACAAAGUACCUGUGCCCCAGGGAUAUCCUGGAGGGGUCUCCACCUUCUUCCGGGACAUGAAGCAGGGCCUGCUGUCCGUGGGCAUUGGCGGCCGGGAGUCCCGAAAUGGCUGCCUGGACGUGGAGAAGGACUGUUCCAUCACCAAGUUCCUGAAUCGCAUCUUGGGGCUGGAGGUGUACAAGCAGAACGCCCUGUUCCAGUACUUCUCAGACACCUUCGACCACCUCAUCGAGAUGGACAAGCGGGAGGGCAAAUACGACAUGGGCAUCCUGGACCUUGCUCCCGGCAUCGAGGAGAUCUACGAGGAGAGCCAGCAGGUGUUCCUGGCUCCUGGGCACCCGCAGGACGGGCAGGUGGUCUUCUACAAGAUCAGCGUGGACCGCGGCCUGAAGUGGGAGGACGCCUUUGCCAAGUCACUGGAGCUGACAGGCCCCUAUGAUGGCUUCUACCUCUCCUACAAGGUCCGCGGUAACAAGCCCAGCUGCCUGCUGGCGGAGCAGAACCACGGCCAGUUCUUCACGGUGUACAAGCCCAAUAUCGGCCGGCAGAGUCAGCUUGAGGCUCUGGACAGCCUCCGCCGCAAGUUCCACCGGGUCACCGCGGAGGAGGCCAAGGAGCCCUGGGAGAGUGGCUACACCUUGUCGCUGACGCACUGCAGCCACAGCGCCUGGAACCGGCACUGCCGGCUGGCGCAGGAGGGUAAGGACUGCCUGCAGGGCCUGCGGCUGCGGCACCACUACAUGCUGUGCGGCGCGCUGCUGCGCGUGUGGGGCCGCAUCGCCGCCGUCAUGGCCGACGUCAGCAGCAGCAGCUACCUGCAGAUCGUGCGGCUGAAGACCAAGGACAGGAAGAAGCAAGUGGGCAUCAAGAUCCCCGAGGGCUGCGUGCGCCGCGUGCUACAGGAGCUGCGGCUGAUGGAUGCGGACGUGAAGCGCAGGCAGGCGCGCGCCCUGGGCUGCCCCGUCCUGCCCACACCGCGGCCACUGGCGCUUCCCUGCGGCCCCGGAGAGGUGCUGGACCUCACCUACAGCCCCCCGGCCGAGGCAUUCCCGCCGCCCCCGCACUUCUCCUUCCCGGCGCCGCUGCCCCUGGACACCGGCCCCGGCGUGGUGCCGCUGGGCGCCCCGGACGCCCAGGACCCUGCGGCCCUCGCGCACCAGGGCUGUGACAUCAACUUCAAGGAGGUGCUGGAGGACAUGCUGCGCUCGCUGCACGCGGGGCCGCCCUCCGAGGGCGCGCUGGGGGAGGGCGCGGGGGCGGGGGGCGCGGCGGGCGGCGGUCCCGAGCGGCAGAGCGUGAUCCAGUUCAGCCCACCCUUCCCCGGCACCCAGGCUCCUCUCUGACAGGCCUUUAAGCGAAACAUGCCCCAGGUCACAGGGACCGUUUUCCCCUCUAAGAACAGCAGUGGGGACCAGGGCCCUUGCCUGACCACUGCUCAGAGGAGCCCCAGGCCCCGGCCGCAGUGCCUUCCACGCCCGACCCGGGCCCUCACCUAUCAGCCCUGGCGGGGCCCACUCAGGACAGCUGGGGGCCGGGACGAGGCAGGGCCCUCUCUGUGCCUCUCUCCUCCCAAGUAGGAAGGGGCUCCGGGUGGCUGCUCUGGGACUGGGCUCAGUGGGCCCAAACCCUUAAAAUCCGUGAAACUGGGUGGUCCCAAGAGCUAGAAACUCAGGAAACCCCAGGUGCUCAGGGCCCCGCGUCUCGGGGGCUCUGUGGGGCAGACCCCCGCUAAUAUAUGCAAUUCCCCCUCCCCUAGCCCUUCUCUGACCCCUAAGUUAUUGCCUGCUCACCUCUCCCAGGCCCCAGGCCGCGGAGCUGGCAGGGUGGCGCCUGCGGUUUCUAUGUAUUUAUAGCAAGUUCUGAUGUACAUAUGUAAAGGACUUUUUUAAAUAUAUGUGCCUUUUGCCUACUUC